UUUUAAAUAAAUCAGCAUGAAUAAGCAAAAUAAAAACAAUAAAAAAAUUAUAAAAUGAAGUAGCCUAAACCAGGUAAAAGAACAAUUCAGUUUAAAGCUAACUUAAAAAGGUCUUUUUAAAAGCAUCAACAGUCUCUGCAUCCUUGAGGCUCCCAGGCAGCCGCUCCAUAGAUGAGGACUGUAGUGGUGAAACGAGGCCUCAGCGUAGCUUUUAGUGAUGCUGAGACCCAAGUAAGUGAUGCUGAGACGCAGGUAAGUGAUGCUGAGACGCAGGUAAGUGAUGCUGAGACGCAGGUAAGUGAUGCUGAGAAGCAGGUAAGUGAUGCUGAGACGCAAGUAAGUGAUGCUGAGACGCAAGGAAGUGAUGCUGAGAUGCAGGUAAAUGAUGCUGAGACGCAGGUAAGUGAUGCUGAGACGCAGGUAAGUGAUGCUGAGACUCAGGUAAGUGAUGCUGAGAAGCAGGUAAGUGAUGCUGAGACGCAAGUAAGUGAUGCUGAGACGCAAGUAAGUGAUGCUGAGAUGCAGGUAAGUGAUGCUGAGACGCAGGUAAGUGAUGCUGAGACGCAAGUAAGUGAUGCUGAGACGCAAGUAAGUGAUGCUGAGACGCAGCUAAGUGAUGCUGAGAUGCAAGUAAGUGAUGCUGAGACGCAGGUAAGUGAUGCUGAGAAGCAGGUAAGUGAUGCUGAGACGCAGGUAAGUGAUGAUGAGACGCAGGUAAGUGAUGCUGAGACGCAAGUAAGUGAUGCUGAGACGCAAGUAAGUGAUGCUGAGACGCAGGUAAGUGAUGCUGAGACGCAGGUAAGUGAUGCUGAGACGCAAGUAAGUGAUGCUGAGAAGCAGGUAAGUGAUGCUGAGAAGCAGGUAAGUGAUGCUGAGACGCAAGUAAGUGAUGCUGAGAAGCAGGUAAGUGAUGCUGAGACGCAGGUAAGUGAUGCUGAGAAGCAGGUAAGUGAUGCUGAGACGCAGGUAAGUGAUGCUGAGACGCAGGUAAGUGAUGCUGAGAAGCAGGUAAGUGAUGCUGAGACGCAGGUAAGUGAUGCUGAGAAGCAGGUAAGUGAUGCUGAGACGCAGGUAAGUGAUGCUGAGAAGCAGGUAAGUGAUGCUGAGACGCAAGUAAGUGAUGCUGAGAAGCAGGUAAGUGAUACUGAGACGCAGGUAAGUGAUGCUUAGUGAGACAGCAGAUUC